ACAUCCAGGAAAAAGCACAAAAUUACUGCUCUGUACUGGGUUUUAGCAAAUGUGCCACCUUUGCUCACUCACAUCAAUCUACUUAUCGAUUCUCUGCAAGACAGAUGAUAUAAAACGAUUUGGAUAUAGUGCAGUGUUAGAGCCCCUACUGAAAGAUCUUGUGACCCUAGAAGAAGAAGGAAUUUACAUAUCUUCUUUAAGCAGACAGGUCAAAGGUACUGUGUUUUGUGUCGUUGCAGACAACCUUGGCGCUCAUUCUAUUGGAGGAUUCGUUGAAAGCUUCUCUAGUUCACAUUGCUGUCGGUUCUGUCUUGGAGAAAGGUCACAGUUCAAGUUUGAUGCUGCAAUGUCUCAGCCUGCUAAACUUCGGAUCAUACUUCAAGACCAUGACAUUCGUAGACUGGAGUUACCUUCUGGAAUCCCCGAUACUGUAGACGAACUUCAUUCUCUUGUGCAACAGACAUUUCAGAUUGAGGGUAGUUUCACUUUGCAUUUUAAAGAUGCUGAUUUUGGAGAGUAUUUUUCUCUAAAUUCAGUAUGUGAUGUCAAGGACAAAGACACACUUAAGGUGGUCCAUGUUUUUGAAUCCCCCAUGGUCAUCUUGACUAAUCUGGACAGCUCCUGCCCAAGUGGAACAGAAAGUGCCAUUUAUCCUCAAUCUGACAGUUGCUCAUCUGGAUCCCAAGAUACAGUGAUUCUCUCAUCACCUGAGCAUAUGACACACCGCUCUCAGUGCUGGCCUGUGGAAUUUACAAUACCUCGUUUCGCCUACAACACAGAACUUGUGCUUGCAUCAGGUAAUGAGGCUUUCGAGAAGGAGGGAAUUCUUCUGAGUCCUACUGCAAUUCUUCCUGAUAUGCUUGAGAAGUUGGCCGAAACCAUUUAUCAGUAUGUUGCCUAUCCUACAAGUGUGCAAUUAAACCAUGUUGCAGAAGCAUUGAUUCAAAAACAUCCUUGUCUGAGAGAACCAGGUUCAUUUAACAGAUGUUAUGGAUGGCAGCAGAGACUGAAAUAUAAAAUAGCUAAUUACAGAUGCAAACUUCGAACACUUGGGUGCCCUGAGCUUGUAGUGAACUCUCUGAAAAAGAAGCGAGCACAUGAGAUGGCAGCUGCAAAAAAUGUAAAGAAGCCAAGAAAGGCAGAGGUGAAUUACUUGCCGCCUCACCCACAAGGAGAAACAGAAGAAAGUUUGGAGCAAGUCAGACUGGACCUCUUGAGUGAAGUAAAGAAGAGGACUAACUCUAAUAUCAUCAGUGAGAAAAUGGCAAGGACAUUCUCCAUUCGCAGACAGGAAGUUGUCAACCUAGCCCCACAUGUCGAUGUUUUCAAAGAACGCUGGCCUGCCCUUUUUGAUGUCAUCCAGAUACGUGAAGAGUUCAAGAGAAUAACCACAAUCAACCUUGAGGCAUCUUUCAUGGCGAAGCUUGAUCAGUACUGCCCAAAACUGAUGAACUUGGUGUCAUCAAGAGGAGGGGCUGCAAAAAUGAAGAUUCAUCAAAUAAAGGACACACUUCUUGAGGAUAACACGAUUGAAAGACGCAGAGAAGUUGCAAUCCGUUGCAUGGUGGUUUACCUCGGUGAAAAGGAAGAGGAUCUCUUCAAGGAAUACUUGGAUGCUGAAGCUCUGAACAGACAUCUUGCUGGGGAGGUGAUGAAGAUCAUGGUUAACAAAGCUGCCAGUACAUCUGACCCAGCCAGUGCCACUAUCGUGAUAGAGGGAACAGAAGUCCUGAGGGGACUGGAUCUACCAAGGGCUUGUGCCUUGCUGAUGGGUCUUAUAUAUGCCCUUAAUCUCAGCUACCCAAGACAACUGAGGCAUACCUUUGAAGUUUUUCAAAAGUUACUCCUCGAACUGGAUGGACUGAAAGCUAGUCCAAAAGUAAUGUCUCUUAAACAAAAGCUGCUCUCAUAAAAUAUAGGAAUUGUUGAAGUGUAGAUGUACUGUGAACACAUCUGACUGUUCUGUUCUCAAAAUCAAAACUGUACAUACUUUACUGCAAAGUAAGACUAUUCAUUUUGUCUAAACUUGGCAGUGAUUAAUAGUUUUGUUACAUACUGAUUUCUAAUGAAAGAAUACAAUACAUGCUUAAAAUCCAGUCCAGUUCAGUUCAAUGGACCUUUUAUGUAUAUGUUGAACUAAGAUGACUAAAUAUUGUUGAGUUGCUGUAUGGUGAGUAUUGUUGAUUCAAGAUAUGGUUUAACUAUGUAACCUUGCCCAAGCAUUUUUAAAUGAAGGGUAAAAGGGGUUUACUUCAGUAAUGUUGUCUGUUAACAUAUGUCCUCUGAUCUACAAGAGAACAGUUUGGUGGGUUCAAUGCCUUCUUUGCAAAUUGCACAGAGUAGGUUUUUUUUGGUUUUUUAAUUUUGGUGUAAGAGACAUGUGAAUUAUCUGACACAGCAAAUUUGCCAGUGUUAAAUCAAUGCUGUUGGUGUUAAAUUAAGAUUAACUUAAAUUCUGACACUCAGUGUUAAUUUAAUAGUGUUUAUUUACCACUGGCAAAUAUGCUGUGCAGUGUUUGGUUCUCAAAACCUAAAUGUUUGUAUAAUGCAUAUUCACUGCACUGGUAUGUUCUGUUAACAGCUGUGUUCUGAUCUACAAGAUAACUUGCACAGAGCAGAUUUAUUUUUAUUUUAUUUUUUUGUCAAGCAUCUAUUCUUAAGACAGUUUUGCUCUCAAAUUUAAAUUGUUUGUAGGAUUGUUUAAUCCUUUGUUUCGCUACACUUGCUGUAUCCAGCAUUUUCACUUCUGUGAUGGUCUUUUAACAGCUGUUAUCAGCUAGAAUAUUUUAUUUUGUACUA